AUGGCACCGCAGUUCUCUACAGGGCUAAACCUUGCCAGCAAGAAGUCAGGCCCAAAACCAGGCAAUGCUCUCGGACAGAAGCGCAAGAACACCAUAUUCGACGACGACUCAGGAGAUGAAGAACAGGGAAAUGAUGGUGAAAUCGAAGUUACUACCCUCGGUGGGCUGGACGAACCAGCCCCGAAGCUAUCCAAACCGUCCUCGAACGCCGGCCCGCCGUCGAAACGAAAGAUGCAAUUGGGCACCAGCAAACCUCCCAUUAAGCCGUCGACCAAGAGUUCAAUAUUUGAUGAUGAUGAGGAAGAGGAAGAGGUGAAAGAAAAAGCACAACAGGAGCAAAUGCACCUUGGCCUUAACAAGUCGAAGAAACCACUUGGUCAUGGGGAGAACUUUUCGAAUCUUUCAGCUAUACGCAGUAGCGAACAACAUGCAAAGGAGGCAGAAGAGUUGGAUCCUUCAAUUUAUUCUUAUGAUGCUGUGUACGACAGCCUGCACACUAAGCCCGAGAAGUCUGCGAACAAGACGAACAGCGAAGUCCCGAAGUAUAUGGAAAACUUGCUACGCAGCGCCGAGAUCCGCAAGCGAGACCAAAUGCGCGCGCGCGAUCGCCAGCUUGCCAAGGAACGCGAAGCCGAAGGCGACGAGUUCGCGGACAAGGAAACCUUUGUUACGAGUGCCUACAGAAAACAGCAAGAGGAGAAUCGGAAGAUGGAAGAAGAAGAGGCCAAGAGGGACAAGGAAGAGGAAGAACGACAGAAGAAGAAUGGUGGCGCUGGUAUGGUUAAUUUCUAUCGCGAUGUCUUGUCCCGCGGAGAGGAACGACACCAGGAAGUCGUCAAGGCCGCGGAAGAAGCAGCCACCCGGAUCAAGGACGGCGAGGCACCAGAAGAUACCGCGAAGGAUACAGAGGAAAAGACAGAGGACCAGAAGGCAGCUGAACUCAAUGCUCAGGGUGCUCGUGUUGCUGUCAACGACGAAGGCCAAGUGGUCGACAAACGCCAACUUUUGUCUGCCGGUUUGAACGUGGCGCCAAAGCCGAAGGCAGCACCAGCCGCGGCUCCCAAGCCUACUACAUCUCGACCUACGGGACGACCUGGAGCCAAUAUGGGUCCUCAGGGCCGUGCUGGCCAGCGUGCUCGUCAGAGCGAAAUGAUCGCAUCGCAACUGGAGGAGCGUGCUCGGCAAGAAGAAGAGGCCGAAGCUGCGAGACAGAAAGAGAUUGCCGAGAAGACCCGCAGUUCCAAGGGUUCAGGCGAAAAGUCCAGCGCGAAGGAGCGGUUCUUGGCAAGAAAACGCGAAAAGGAAGAAGCGGCUGCCAGAGAAAAGGCCAAUGCGAAGUGA